AUGUCUCGCAGACCUCUAAACCCAUAUGCGCAACCCUAUUUUGCUCACCAUUGCCAUCCCAAUCAAAGCUCUCUCUGUGAAGUCCCAACAUGUGAAGCUACUGCCACGGAUCAAAACCCUAGAGUUGUUGUUCCUAGGAGAAAGAGAAACAACUUCAGGCGCGAGAGGAACGCGGGGCCUAGGUUGAGGUCUUCACAAACAAGCUUGGCCGAAAGCCCAAAUCAUAAAGCUUCAAACUUUGCAUCAACCAGUAACUGCGGUGGUGCUGUAGUUCCCUGUUCUUCAAGGCCUGAAAGGAAAAACAAUAGGGGAAGGAAUCUAGCUCCGAGGUUGAGUCUUGGCCCAAGUCAUGGGGUUCAAGCAUCUAGCUUUGCCAAUGGGAAGGGUUCUGUGAUUCCUUUUCCUGAAAGUCCAGACGAGCAAAAUGGGUCUGAGGUUACUACUGUAAUGAUCAAGAACAUCCCUUGUCAGCUUAGAAGGAGCGAUUUGCUGCUCAAAUUGAAAGAGCAUUGCCGAGAGGAGAACAAAAAGGCUGAUUCUUUGCACAAAUCGGAGUUCAAUUUCUUCUAUUUACCACUGGAUUUCAAAAAAUUUUGGGGGAAGAAGAAGAUUGCAAAUCUUGGCUACGGUUUCGUGAAUUUCACCACUGCUGUUGGAGCACUAGGUUUCUAUGAGAAAUACCACAAGACUAUGUGGAAGGAGGUCAUUCAGAGCACCAAAAUCUGUGAGAUAACUUGCGCCAAGAUCCAGGGUUUUGAGGCACUGAGGAAAAGUUUUAGACGCAAAAUAUAUCAUGGUCUCACAAACGAUUUUUUGCCUGUGAUCUUGGCUCCUGCAUGUGAUGGAGUGAGGGAGUCCAACCACAUGCAUACCUGGUUUAUCUUCAUCUACAUUUAUGGAGUAGCUACAAGGCUUGAUUGGAUAGGUCAAGAAUGGCCAUUUAUGAACAUUUAUGUUCAUUGA